GCCAAAGCGAACACUCUUAAGCGAGUUACUUCAGGAUCUCAUAAUGAAUGUCCACAAACCCUGUUACAUAUGCGACGAAAUAUCUAACAUUCUUUCCUGGCUACUGUCGGCCGCCUCUCUCCAGUAGCAUCAAAAAGCACCAUUUCCAUCACAGUCUAGCUUGGGAAAGAGAGAUCAAAAAGCACCAUUUCCAUCACAAGCUAGCUUGGGAAAGAGAGAGAGAGAGAGAGAGAGAGAGAGAGUCGUUCAUGGAGAGCGAUAAAGGCAUGGUGUGUGUAACGGGCGGGACUGGAUACUUGGCUACAUGGACGAUCAUGAGGCUCCUCGAGAAGGGUUACUCGGUCCGGGCCACCGUCCGUCCUGACCCGGAUCGCAAGAGGGACAUCAGCUUCCUGACAAACCUCGCGAAAGGGCCGCAAAGCCUCCAGAUCUUCCACGCCGAUCUCAGCGACCCCGAGAGCUUCGCCCCGGCCAUCGAGGGCUGCGUCGGCGUCUUCCACAUGGCCGCCACCAUCGACUUCCACGGCCGGGAGCCAGAGGCCGUCCUCACGGAGAGAGCUGUCCGCGGGGCGGUCGGCAUCCUGAAGGCAUGCUCGAGCGCUGGAACGGUGAGGCGGGUGGUGUACACGUCGAGCUCCGCCGCCGUGCACGGGAACGCUACCAGCGCAGAGACCAUGGACGAGGGCUUCUGGACUGACGUCGAAAUGGUCAGGAGACUGAAGACGGCUGAGGGGCCAUACAUGGUCUCCAAGACGCUGGCGGAGAAGGCGGUUCUCGAUGCCGGGGCGAGGAUGGGGCUGGAUGUGGUGGUGGUGGUUCCUUCCUUCAUGAUUGGCCCAUUCCUUUGCCCCAAGCUUCCGGCCUCAAUUGGCAUAGCGCUGGCCAUGGUCUUGGGAGACGCAAACCCAUAUAAGAAUGUGUGUUUAUCCAAGACAUCGGUGGUACAUCCAGACGAUGUGGCGAGGGCGCAUAUCUACCUCUUCGAACACCUUCCGGCCAAAGGCAGGUUCAUCUGCUCUUCCGACGUGAUCACCCUCGAAGAGACGGCCGAGCUUCUCUCCCAGAGGUUCCCGGAACUUCCGGUGCCAUCGCCGAGCGCUCUCAAGGAAAUAAGAGGUUAUUCGAUGCCGCGCCUUUCGUCGAGGAAGCUCUUGGACAUUGGCUUCGAGUUCAAGCAUCGCCCGGAGGACAUGCUCGAUGGAGCUAUUCGGAGCUGCAGAGAAAACGGUUACGUUUGAAGGUGCUCCCAACUCGUUCAGAUCUCGGCUUUUUUCUGAUCUAGGGAUACUUAUGUAUGUACUUAUGCACGGUAUGCACGUUGUAUAAUGAACUUGCAUGGUCUAUCAUCGAUGUCUUACAUGAGUCGAGCACGAUGAAGUCGAUUAUGUA